ACUCCGUCAAUGAGUAAAUAGUAAACAUUCCGAGAAUAAACAUGGCGGCACAUGGUGGUGUCAUAACUUGGAGGGGUGGGCGUACAGAUUAAGAGCCGCCAAACCAAAGCUUAUCGUUCUCACGACGUCACGCGACGUGGGUGUCAAUGCGUAUUCGUGAUUACGUAAGUCGGUAAUCGCGUGGCAUCUUCUGUUUUUUUUUCCUGUUAUAUCCGGCUGCCAUGUGAUCUAAGCUCCAUUCCGCCUUUUCGAAGCCGGUCCAUGCCGUGAUCACGCUACCAAUUUCAUUAAUUGUGCACAAGGUAUCCUGGUAAAAACAUGGGUGGCAAGUGGUCCAGCAUGGAUCCCUCGCAAAUUGAAGUACCGGAGAUAAAAACCCUCCUUGAGAGAGAUCCAUAUCUGAAGCCGUACGAGAAUGACAUUCGACGAAGAUAUGCCCUGUUUAAGGAUUAUAUUGAAAGAAUAGAAGAGGGAGAUGGAGACCUUAGGCAAUUUACUACUGCAUAUGAGAGCUUUGGUAUUCAUGUCCAAAAUGAUAAUAGUGUUGUCGCAAAGGAAUGGGCACCUGGUGCGCAGGAAGUAUUUCUAACUGGAGAGUUUAAUAAUUGGCAAAAAACUGCUACACCAUAUAAAAAAUUAGAAUAUGGCAAGUGGGAGUUGCAUCUACCUCCGAAUGCAGAUGGGAGUUGUCCUUUGAAACAUAACUCUGAAAUAAAGCUGAUUAUCAAGAAUCACAAUAACGAGCUGCUUGAAAGAUUGAGUCCCUGGGCGACUUAUGUAACACAGAAACCGGAUAAAUCUGAAGGGACUACUUACAAACAACGUAUAUGGCAUCCAGAAAAUACAUACAAGUUCAAACAUCCCAAACCAAAGAAACCAGAGAGUCUCAGAAUUUACGAAUGUCAUAUUGGAAUUGGUACCCAAGAAUGUCGCGUUGGCACCUACUUGGAAUUUGCUAGGGAUGUGAUACCACGGAUUGUUAAGCAAGGAUACAACUCGAUACAAGUAAUGGCGAUCAUGGAGCACGCUUACUAUGCUAGUUUUGGAUAUCAGGUGACUUCCUUCUAUGCGGUUUCGUCUCGCUAUGGAAAUCCAGAAGAGUUAAAAGAGCUAGUGGAUGUGGCACAUCAGCAUGGUCUUUAUGUUCUGCUGGAUGUGGUACAUUCGCAUGCUUCCAAGAAUACUUUGGACGGACUGAAUAUGUUUGAUGGUACAGACGCAUGUUUCUUCCAUAGCGGUUCUCGCGGUGAACACUCGUUGUGGGACAGCAGGCUAUUCAAUUACGCGGAAUACGAGGUACUUCGGUUCCUAUUAUCCAAUUUGCGUUGGUACAUCGAGGAAUAUGGUUUUGAUGGAUUCAGGUUUGAUGGCGUCACAUCAAUGUUGUAUCACUCAAGAGGCUUGGGACAAGGUUUUAGUGGUCAUUAUGAUGAAUAUUAUGGUUUGAAUGUUGAUGUGGAGGGCAUAGUGUAUUUGAUGCUCGCUAAUCAUAUGUUGCGUGAAAUAUAUCCCGAAGUUGUCACAAUUGCCGAAGAUGUUAGUGGAAUGCCAGGUGUUUGCAGGCCUGUCGCUGAAGGUGGUAUGGGAUUUGAUUACCGCUUAGCCAUGGCUAUUCCUGACAAAUGGAUUAAAUUAUUAAAAGAGGUUAAAGAUGAAGAUUGGAAGAUUGGCGAGAUUUGCUGGACACUCUCCAAUCGAAGAUGGAUGGAGAAAGCGGUCGCUUACUCCGAGUCUCACGAUCAAGCCCUCGUUGGUGAUAAGACGAUUGCAUUCUGGCUCAUGGAUAAGGAGAUGUAUACGCACAUGAGCACUUUGAGUUCACAAAGUGAUAUCAUUUCUCGUGGCAUUGCUCUUCAUAAUCUAAUCACGCUGAUCACGCAUGCUUUGGGUGGCGAAGCUUAUCUAAACUUCAUGGGCAAUGAGUUUGGUCAUCCCGAAUGGCUAGAUUUUCCGAGGGUCGGAAAUGGAGAUAGCUACCAUUAUGCCAGACGUCAGUGGAAUUUAGUGGACGACGAAUUACUGAAGUAUAAAUGUAUGAACAAUUGGGAUCGCGCUGUAAAUAUGCUCGAAGAGAAGUAUGGAUGGUUGCAUGCCCAUCCUGGCUAUGUGAGCUGGAAGCACGAAGAUGAUAAAGUGAUUGUCUUUGACCGAGGUGAUCUCACAUUCGUCUUUAACUUUCAUCCAGUCAAGUCAUUCGCCGAUUAUCCGGUCGGUGUAAAAAAUCCAGGAACGUACAAGAUCGUUUUGUGCAGCGACGAUGAACAAUUUGGAGGAGAAUGUCGCGUAGACACGAGCGUGCAACAUUUUACGCAACCAGAAUCAUUUUCUGCAUAUCAAAACAAAAUGAUGAUCUACAUUCCGCGCCGUACAGCGUUAAUUUACGCACAAAUUGAUGGUUAACUGCUGUCUCGUGAAUGAAGACUGUUUGAAAAUUGUAUAAUGAUAAAUCACAUCUAUCUAGUAAUAUAAAUAAACGUAAAUAUCAUAUAUUUUUAUAUUUAGGAAACUUAUGAAGAAGAUAUAUCGCGAUAAUCCUGAAAAAGAAUCUUGUGAGUAUAAUUAGAUUUCUUUUAGAAAAGAAUUACAGUAAAUGCUGAUGGAUUUAACUUGUUUUCUCAGA